GGUUAUGUUUACCCUGCUCUUUGCUUGCCAGGAGCGCAGUGUAAUACAGUAUGAGUAUCAUAGUAGAAGGCCUCAAAGCAGUCACUGUAUUCCGCAAUACUUCUCUCUGACGCUAGAUGGCGCGGAUUUUCUGGUACGUAAACACAGUGACGGUAGCGUAAUGCAGUGGAGAAGAACGUGUACGUCAUUUACACAAUGGCGGAGGCUGGGUGAGGAGCAGUCUGUGUGUGUGAGAGAAACAGCUCGUAAUCGUUAGAGCUUGCGCUGCAUUGCCCGAAUUCGUGCGUGGUGCCUUAAAAUGGCCCUAAACCCCGCCACCAUGGGGAAAAGAGACUGGGAAUAUACCGAUACGGGCAGUCUACACCAGGAAAGUGGCGAGCCUCAGAAGACUUCAGCCACCACCUCGGCCUCGGCCAACCAAAAUGGCGAUCAGCCCGGCUGUGGAGACAGUGUAAUACCCGAGCACGAAGCCCCCGAGCGGCAGGCGGACACCCGGAGCUGGAGCGGCUCACCCACACUAGGCCAGAGACAAAGCGUGGAGCGGCCUCGGAAGUCCUUUCAAAUCCCGAGGAAGAAGAAAGAACGAAAAGGUUUGUUCCAGCUUCUGCCCCCUGACAGCCGUGAGUUUGAAGAGCUCUUGAAGCUUCUUUCAUCUUUUUACCUGGAUGCAUCAUCAAGAGGAACCUUCACCUACUGCAAGGCCAGACUCAUUCACAAUGAGCUGCUGGAAAAAGAGUUUAUUGAGAAGAGGCGGGAGAUGAAGCAAGAAGGCCGGACAGACCAAGAACUGACAGAAUCAUACUGCUUCUUAUUUGCAGAUAAAUCCAAGUUUCAGUGGAUCUGCGAGAAGGGUUUAUCAGUAGGACACUCCAAGAUAACAACAGUAGGAAAUCCAGCAGUUGGCAUUUAUCUCUCUAAAUUCUCUGAUUUGUUACAAAUCAAUCCGUUCGAAGUUGGCUCAGUCGGAGACAUAAUCAUUUUUAAAGUUAUGAGGGGAAGAGUAAAACACAUCCAUGAAAACAUGCCAAAUAAUGCUAAGGAACCUGCGACUAAGUUUGACUGUCAUUUGUCCAAAAGUGCCAAUAGGGUUACAUCUUUGCUGUCGUACAGAGCAUUUGAGCGCACACAGCAAUAUUUUUUCGAGUUUGCUUUUGAUGAAAUUAAAGCACGGCCCAGGCAUGUGUGCCCCUACGCUGUGUUUUCCUUUCAGUACAAAGGCAAGGACGUUGCAGCGACUUCUUUAACAACACACAGGCUUAACACCAUAUCCUCUGAAGGAAGUCGAGGGCGCCGCUGCUAUUCUGUGUGGAGAGGUCCAUUGGUAAACAAGGGCAAUGAGUUAUUUCCCAUCUGUUUACGAUCAUCGUCGCGGCCCUACCUUCCUUUCAAACUACCUGAGAAGCUGGAGGUCAAUCAGAGCAUGCACCUUGAGCAGGUAAAGCGAAAGAUUCCUGCAGUGCUCUUCUCUUGGGACACCUACAGUGCAUCACGGGAAGUGAUGAAAUAUGGGAUGACAUGCAGCCUUUUUGAAGUUGUGGAAGGAAAAGGAAAACUCACCAAUGGAAGUCUGGUGGGACUGAUUAACAAACUUGAGAAAGACAGACUGGUGCUGGUGAAGUGCUUGUUUGAUCGAGGCUUUCUCUUCCUGUUGUCCUCAGCACAGAUGGUGGAGUCCAAAGAAAGGCGGGGCCGGGUUGAAAAGAGCCUGCAAGCAAUAUUCCUCUUUCACGAGUCAAGGGCAGUUAUGAAGUAUUCUUCACGACUGCCUGAACCAGAGCCAUUGAUAAACGAGCCACAAACAAUAACAGAAUCUUUGGAACGAUUCAUCCCUGCCUUGCAUUACGCCUUUUUCACAUUGCGACCCAAUGCAGGCAAGGACCCCAGUUCAGGUGUGGAGCGACAAGCCACAGAUUAUUUAAGUCGCAUAGAUUCAGGACGAGUGCGGCCAUUCAUCGUGCCUGACUACAAAUACAACCUGGAUGAUAGACCUUGCACGUUUCCCGUACCCAGACCAAAAGGGAACAUGGAAGCCCUACUGCGUACUUACAUCCACAACCCUUCCAAUUAUACUUUACCUCUGAACAAGGCAAAAGACAUAAUUGAAAGGAUACGCAAUCCCACACCUGUAGCUGAUCCAGUACCUGUAGAAUACAGUCCUGUUUCUGACUGGGGUGGCUCAGACCGCUCAGACAGGACAGCACCAGAAAGGCUUACACAGGAGAAGCCACCCUUGGACACUAGCAGACGCAGGUCGGGGUUGGCCCCUUCAAAUGGGGCUCAGUUGCAGAACCAGUCCCACACUGAAUCCCAGCCAGAGCAUCCAAGUUUGUUGCUGGCACAGAAUGAGUACGAUAAAGACAAGAUGAAGCAAUUACUAAAACUGAUCCAGCACCAUAAGAGAGCACUAAUCCAGGAUCCAGAGAGGGAAAAAGAAGUGGAUGGAGCCUGGGAGUCAAACUAUCUCAAGAGAAAAUUUGAUGACGAUGAGAGGGAGAGCAUGAACAAACACCAACGCACUGAUCUGCUGAGCAAUGGUGAAACCAGCACAGGGAUACCAAUAAAUGAGAUUGGAGAAGAGGGUGGACAGAGUGAAAAUCUGACAGCAGUGAUGGAAAGCAUGGGGAUCUAUGACACUGAUUUGAGAGCUUGUGACAACUCCAAUACUACAGCAGUUCAUGAGACCCAGCGCCUCCUUAAGAUCCUGCUAACCACUCUCAACAAAGCUGUUGCUGAGGGAUCAAUAUCUGUGCAAUCAAAUCAGGGUGAACAGUCAACUGGUCCCGAAAGGGGGGAACCUGCCUGUGGUCUUGGCAAACAAAAUGAGCUUUUGCCACAAACAAACUACACAGAGGAGGAUAUGGAUUGUAGCCCUUCAAGUCCUUUUAUUGCAGUUUCUCCAAUACACCAAGCUCAAACCACCGCCAACACAAUUGUUAUCCCAUCUACAAAUGAAGAAAAAUUGCAGUCCAUGCCAGAGCCCGACACUGUGACGAUGGAGAACCUUGAGCCAAAACUGCACCUAGCAUCGGAGGUAAAAAAUGCGGCACAAGCCACGUUACCAGUGGCAGAGGAUGUCCCAUUCAUGCCCUCUAUUAGCUUGGACACCAUACUCAACCAGGAAAUCCACAGCCUCUCUUCUGACAUUAAAAACGUCAUGCAGAGUCACCACAUGACUUAUACUUUGCAGCUACCGUCACGGUUAACUCUACGCAAUUCCUGGCAGCACAGUAGUUGCUUCUCAGACUUUGUUGUAGAGAAUGUCACUCCAGUCUACGUGGAGGAUCAUGUCAAAGUACUUUGUGAGCAAAUGGAAACGUUGAUCCCAGUCCCACCUGUUCCCCUCAAGGCAACUUCCCCAGAGCCCAAAGAGAAAACAUCAGAUUUAACAAUGUCAUCACCCCUGCAAACUUCCAGAACUGAAGUACAGUCCCUACUGCUGACUACAGACUCAUCCCAGAUUACUAAACAAGGAACUGUCAGAGAGACUAAAGCUAAAGCAGAUGCUGUAUCAGCAGAGAUCAAGGAUGAGGUCUACUCUCCUUCUCAAAUCCCACCAGAAUCCUCAGAGAAAUCCAAAAAGUCUGUUUCUGCUUCUACAUUUGUGUCCGCUUCUGGUUCUGUUGCUGGGGAUGUGGCCGGGGUUGGUACUGGUCCUGGACUCCUGGCGGGCAGCCUCAUUGGUCAGCUAAAGCCUGAGGUUUUCAGCAGCUUGGUGGAGAUCUUUAAGGACGUCACCAAGAAUACAGUCAAGUUUUACAUUUACUCCGUCGACGAGGGGGAGGAGAGUACUGUCUGCAAAGAAAUAAAGGAGUACUUGAAAAGCCUUGGCAACAGUGAGUGCAGCCCAGGGAUGUUUUUGGAAAACAGUGGCAGCCUAGACAAACUACUUAUCAUCAUUCAGAAUGAGCACAUAGCUGCACAUGUGCACAAGAUACCAGCACUGGUCUCUUUGAAGAAGCUACCCUCAGUGAGCUUUGCUGGAGUUGACACUCUGGAUGAUGUCAAGAACCACACCUACAAUGAGCUAUUUGUAUCUGGAGGUUUUAUUGUAUCUGAUGAGUUUGUCCUUAAUCCCGACCUCAUUACACAGGAUCGCUUACAGACGUUGCUGACGUUCCUGGAAGAGCAAAGCAGCCCUGAACAACCCUGGCAGUGGAAGGUGCACUGCAAGUCACAGAAGAAGCUUAAAGAAAUGGGCCGGUUGAACACCAAUGCAAUGGCGUUACUCAACCUUCUGACAGCCUACCAGAAGAAGCACCUUGUUGAAUUCCUUCCUUACCACGAGUGUGACGCCCAGUUACGUCAGGCUCCCGAUCUAGAUUGCCUGAUCAAGCUUCAAGCUCAACACACACAACAGCGGCACCUCAUCUUCGUCACAGAGAGGCCCUUUGAGAUGUUCUUACAGUAUUCCAGAAAUGGAAUAGUCAUAGCAAGCAUUGAUGAUAUUAUGAGUGGUUUCCACAGCCUGAUUGGCUCUAUCAAUCAAAAUGAGCUUCCAACACCCCCUUCUACUGUGGUGAAUGAUGAGUGUGUUGGAGAGGAAGACAUGUCGUUAGACUCAGAUGACGAGGUAAUGCCCACGGUCACUCAAAGCAAAGAGCAGAACUUGCAAGCUGAGAAAGAGAAGUCACCACAGCCGCCCCCUCCAACUAUGGAUGAGUUCCAGCCGCCGUUGCCUGACCAGCACGCCACCCCUGAUAGAACUCCUCCACAGUCUGAGUACAACGCUCUCAAAACGGCCAUCUCUCAGUUCAAAGCUACAAACCAGAUAGGCAUUGGCUCUUCAGAGUUGGGCAACUUGUCUCCUGGAGGUUUCCCUGUGAAUCCUCACCAAAGUUUCCUGUGUCCUUCUGCCAGUUGGUCAUCUUACACUGGCUCUUCUAGCUAUACGGCCUCGCCUGCCUAUCCGGCCUCCCCCUGCAGCAGCAACCAGGAACAGGAGUACCGCCCUCCUGGCACACCUUCAACUACAGCCACCCCACCUACUGUCAACACCACAACAGGGCCUCUCUCCAAUCUGGCUUCCCUCCCUUUAGAGAUCAAACCACCACCUCCACCUCCCUUUAUGAUGCUUGGUCACACAUAUGGCUCAGACACAGCAGGAACUGGAGCUACUGGGACCUCUCCACACACCACCUCACUCCCUUUUGUAGACCACAGUGACACAGCCAAGCAAAGCUACAUGGCGGGCAUUCCCAUAAAUACCACUUGUACCACAGCACAAAAUGCAGACAUGACACGAAAGGCAGCUAGGGAGGGGACUUGGGGGGCAGCAGGAACCACCACCUGCAAACAGGUUUUGCAUCCCCCUGGCCCAGUUGACCCCACUGGACUGCCAAAGAGUGGGGAAUCCCUUAGUGACAGCAACCCUGGUUGUCAGAGUGGUAGGACUCCAGUGAAUUGCACUGACAAACCUUCUGUAGGUGUUCCUGCAGUUGCCACUAGGGGAGGCUCAGUUCUCAGACCUAACUUUCCUGCACAGCCUGUGUGUGGAACAGGCUAUGGUAAUGUAGGCGGCAGCAUGAAUCAUGGGCCUAUGCGGCCUGCGAUGGGUCCUGGGGGAUACCGGGGGAGAGGAGCACCUCCGGGUGGAUUUUGGCCACGACCAGGUCGAGGACAUGAACGGAUGGGUGGGCCUGGUGGUGGUCCUUGCGCUUGGGGCUACCCGGCAGGCAGGGGUGGGCCACAGAAUUAUUACACAGACUUCACAUAUUCUCAUAAUUAUGCCCCUGAGUAGACAAUCAACUCAGUGGCAGGGGCAAUGUCCAGAGACUAUUACAACUGGCUGAAUGUAUAUAUAAUCCUUGUAAUAAGCUUGACUAUUUCAAUUGUUUAAUUAGGAUCCUGGUUUUCUACAUUAAUAAAGGUUGAUACAGGCAGUGUAGAGUGUACUACAAUUGCUUAAACGGUAUGCACACUCUUAAUGUAGAUAGAAGACUCCCUGUAUAAACCAGUAUAUUUAUAUUUGCCAAAAAUGUUAUUGGCCUUUCAGCGUCUGAAUUUACCCUGUAAUUUCUGUUUAUUCUGGUUUUGAAACCAUGGGGAAAACAUAUUUUUUUAUAUAUAUACAUAUAUAUAAAAAAAGAAAAGUACAACUUCACAUGCUGUUUGUUUUCUUAUUUUACAUUGGCUGUCCUGAAUUCGAUGAAAAUAAAACAUUUGAAAUAUUG